AUGUAUUUUCAUGUCUUAGGCACACAGGCUACAGUAUUUAAUGUAAGUGUUGGUACAGAGACUGCACAACCUGAACCAUGGAGUCAGCUGUCAUCUACACCAAUAAAGGUUUCUACAUCCAGACUUGGUGCGACACCUGCUAAGCGGCCUCGUAUGGAAUUGCUGGAAGAAGACGAGGAAGAGGAUGAAGUAAACAUUUCAGAUAUUCCACAGCCUCAUGAUUCCACAUAUGAGCUUGGUGACUCUGCUGCAGAUACUGAAAUCAGUGGGUUGGAGGACACUUAUGAUUACACUGACACAAAGUACAUUGUUUUUGAAUACUCUCUCAGAGAGCUUUUUGAAACAUGUCCUUUGUGCAAGCACAACUGCGAUGUCCAACGACGUCGAAUGGGGACAUUUGUGUCAUUCAGUCAGGUCUGCGAACACUGUCAAUAUACCAGAAAGUGGCAGAGCCAGCCUGUGAAAGGAAGUACCCCGAUCGGAAACCUGCAAUUGUCAGCUGCAGUGUACUUCACUGGUGCAUCAUUCAUUCAAAUGGAUAAGAUUUGCAGAGCAAUGAAUCUCCAGAUACACGGAUACAACACAUUCAGAAGGCAUGCACGAUUGUUUCUUGAACCAUCAAUUUAUUACAAGUGGAAGAUGGAUCAGCAGGCCAUGUUCCAGCAGCUACAACAGCAGGGCAAAAUUGCAUUGAGUGGCGAUAUGCGUGCUGAUUCUCCAGGACAUUCUGCGAAAUAUGGCAGCUACACUUUAAUGCAUCUGGAAAGCAAUAAAAUUGUGGACAUUCAACUAGUACAGAGCAACGAAGUCGGAGGCAGUGCACACAUGGAGAAGGAAGGACUCAGAAGAGGUCUUGAUCUUCUGGAGUCCAAACAGUUGGACGUGGACUAUAUUGUAACUGAUCGCCACCCACAAGUGCAGAAGUAUCUAAGGGAGAGAAAUGUCAAACAGUACUAUGAUGUUUGGCACCUCGAGAAAGGCCUAUCCCAAAAAUUGGACAAAUUGUCAAGAAACAAAGACUGCCAGGUGUUGAGAAAGUGGUUGCAGGGUUUAAAAAACCACAUGUACUGGUCAGCCAUGACAUCCGAGGAAGGACCUGAAAAGGUUGCCAAGUGGAAGAGUGUAGUUAAUCAUAUGCAGAAUGUCCACACUCAUGACGAUCCACUAUUCCCCAAGUGCGCUCAUCCAGAUAGAGUGACCAGAGACCCCAGUAAAUGGUUAACACCAGGUACCAUGGCACUUUAUAAGGUAGAGAAGCUGCUCCUCAAUAAAAGAAUUCUGAAAGACGUGGCAAAGCUGAGCCACCAACAUCAAACUUCAGCUCUUGAGUCAUUUCACAGUGUCAUACUGAGAUUUGCCCCAAAGAAUGUAGUCUUUCCUUUCAUUGGAAUGCUGUGCAGGCUCUAUCUUGCCGCAAUGCAUUUCAAUGAGAAUGCAAACCGUGAACAGGCAAUGACCUUAGAGGGCACAGUAGUGUACAAGAUGGUGUUUCCUAAAGCAAAGAAGGGGCAGCCUACAGUGAAGGCAGUGAAAACUGAGCCCACAUUUGGAUACGUCAGUGACCUGAUGAGAUUGCUGUUCACGGAGGUAUUUGACAACCCUGACACCUAUGUUGAGGAUCUGCGGAAAGUUCCUGUUCCAGAGGACCUAUCAGCACAGUUUGAGAGGCCAGCAAAGGAGGAUCUUAUUGCCCGACAUGUCUCCAGGUUCAAUCCAGCGGUGGCCGGAAGCCAGUGUAGUUCCCUCCAGCAUCAGGAAACUCCUGACGAAUCCGCAGGACAACACAUGCAGGAAUGACCACGCGCACAUGUCUGCCAAGAUAUCCCCAGCACCAGCUAACAAAACUGCGAUAGGCAAGAUACCUAAAACGCCUGGCAAAAAAUGGAAAAAUUAGUAAAUGUUCUCAUUAAUGCAUAAUCUUAUCUUGUUUUGUGGUUAAUAUAUGCACAUGUGUAUAAAUACACUAAAAUAUUAUGUCUUUGUAAAAAUAACAGAGAAAAUAACAAAUAUUUUGGAUAUAUACAAUGUUAAUAUUGGUGUGAAAUAAACAUAUUUCUACAAAUGGUUUUGGUUUGAUGAUAAACACAAUAUCUAUUAUUUAACAGUAAAAUGUUUGUAACUAUUAUCUUGAAUACUCACUCCUCCUCUGUUCUCCUCCUAAGUGGUCCAUAGUCUGCUCUGUAAAUGUUGUUUAUGUUUUGAAGUGUAUAAACAUUCAGGCAGUUGGCCUCCAGUCCUGGAUGUUCUGUCAUACACUGUAAAGAGGUUGGUGCUUGAAUUAGUCGUCUCCUUACCUUUAUAAGUAUAUAAAAACAAAUCAUGUCAGAUAUGUAAUUUACAGUAACAAAUCUAUACAAUUUAAGUGUUCUUUGCAACGUUACUUUUUAUAGAAUGAGGUAAGUACUAUGCAGGCACUUAAUUUCAUCAUCUCUGGUUGGAUAAUGCCCACAAUUUUUAUUGUAAUAUUUGAAAUAACAUAUAAACAUGUUAUUAAAAUAAUAACAGUUUUUAAGGAAAACUACAAUUAAUUUAAAAGAAAUACAAUGUCAUAUUAACUCAAAUAUUUUUUAAGCUAUAGUAAAAACACUUUUACCUGUUGUAUUUCUUGGCAGCAAACAUUUUCUGCCUCAGUUGGCAUUGUACUGCACCUAUGACAUUUACACCUUUUAAACAGACAAAUGCAGAAAAAACAUCAAGUUUUACGUCGUAUUAAAAACAAACAAACAAACAGCGGGUAAACAAACAAUGACUAAUUACCAGAUAGAAACGUCCUGUUGUAAUCGUUGCUGCUGUUGUUCCUGUUGGUCAUUUACUGUCUCUGCAUCCGAUUCUGGAUCAUAAAUGUAAGGCUGUAUCUGACUAUAAGCCAUAGUUAUUUAACAAGUUCAAGUUUGAUUUCGCACGAUCUCACAGCUGUCGGAUUACAAUCCAAAGGCUGCGCGUGCUCGUAACUCUUUAGCUCCGCCCACCGCACGCCCUCAAGUGUCCACCGCACGCCCUCAAGUGUUCGUGUUUUCCCGACAAAAAUCGGAAAUGCUGUUUUUUCUUUUAUAAAUAUGACAACACAAAAUACUUUUUGGACAUAUGAAGAAUGAAAUACUUCUCUACAGGUAACCAAGAUAAACAUUAGAUUGGCAGAAAAGACGUGUGUUAUGUGAG